AUGGGUACAGUGCAGCCCGUACAUGCUUCUGCCAACCCCGACGAGGACUGGACCAAGAUCUCUGACCUUGCUGAGCGCCGAAGAAUACAGAACCGCAUUGCUCAGCGCAACUACCGCAAGAAGCUCAAGCGCCGCCUUGAAGACCUCGAGCGCCGUGCUGGUUCUUCUGACGAUGCCGAGUCCGACAAGCAGCCACAGAAGCCUACCAAGUCGAAGCGAUCCCCCUCCGCACCCAAGUCUCAAAAAUCGCAAUCCGGCGCUCCCAGCAAGUCUGUUGCUUCACAGGGCCAGUUCACUCCUCCCAUGGAGCACACUGACGAGCUUUUCUUCUCUGGCAACUACGACGAUCGAGCUCGCUCAGACAGCCCACCUCAGUUCACAUACUCAACAUACCCUGCUCCCGAUGAGAUUCUCCUCGCGCCCUACGGCUCUACUCAGUCAUACCCAGCCAUCACAACCGCUGAUGCCUACCCCAACUACAUGACAGCGUCUACAGUGCCCAUGACACUUCCUUCCAUGACGCACUUUAGCGAUGCCAUCAAGCGGGAGACGUACCCUAGUGACGACGGACUCACUCCUUACAUGACCUACGGUUACAUGCCACCCAUGGAGUUCAACUCUGGUAGCCCAUACGAACAGUCCAACCCUCAUGUGAGUCACGCCAGUCAAACACCCCGUGGGGUUGUACGAGAUCCACGUUGCUGAUGGGGUUCGCAGACUCCUCCGCUGUCGCAUUCUUUCGACCACUCUGCCAACUGCUCGGAGGCUGGCUUCGAUUACCCUGCCACGCCUCUGUCAAUGCCUGGCUCGCCUGGUCUAAUCCAGCACCAAUAGGGCAGCUGGCAUGGACGAGAGAGAAAGAAAGAAAGAUAAGGAACUUUGAGAUUUUGGGUUAGGCGUUGGAAAUGAGCCCUACGAGGCAUAGCAUGGCGGGUUUUGAUAUUUUGAACACUUUCACACUCCACACUUUUCACUUCUUUUGUGCUGGCAAAGGUAUCUAUGUCACAGGCGAGAGGAUGUUUACUCGUCUGCAUUCGUUUUAUGUACACAGGGUCGAAGCGCUCGACUACGUGAUUUCUGUAACGACUGCAAGAUGCAUGGAUGAAUUGUUUAUUUGGAAUGGCGAAGGAAAAGAAGACAAGUGAGGCGUUUUGGGAAUGCAUACGGCAUACGCUUGUAUGCAUCCGAAUGUAUAUUGGGCAGACACUGAACCGAACUGAACUGGAUUGGAUUGGACUGGCAAAGGUUGAAAGCAGGCAAGGAGGCAAACAAACAACAAAGAUGGCGGCUGCGGGGUCGAGAGACCUCGCUUGGUUUGGCCACUUACACUCUUGUUAGUGUUGGUUGAAUAGAUAUCUUGAGCCAUGGAGACAAAUUAGAUGAUGAAAUGUGCAUAGCG